CCCCAGGGAAGUCCGCACGGAUUGGUCCUCCGGGCGCCGCGAACGGUCCUGUUUUCCGGGGAUUCGGCUGAAUGCCCGGCGCCGCCAUGGCGACGGGCGAGCAGGAGGCGGUACCGCCUCUCUGGCCAGUGGAGGCCCGCUUGGCGGCGCUGCUGCCCGACCUGCUGGUCUUCGGGAAGCGCCGGGCAUCGGAGCCCCAGUUGGCCUCUGCCCAGGGCGUCCUCCUAGGCGUCCACGUGACGGGGUUUACAGCAUUAAUAGACAGGUUCAGCCUGACCUGCAAGUCGGAGCAUGACAUGGACAAACUGGCCCACAUCUUCAGUUACUACAUUAGUGCCAUCGUGGAGCAUGUGCUCUGUUUUGGAGGGGAUAUCCUAAAUAUCACAGGGAAUGUGCUCCUGGCACUCUGGACAGUGGAAAGGAAUCAACUAAGUGACAUAAUUACCCUGGUGGCAAAAUGCAGUCUGGAGAUACAGGAGAAAUUUGGGAUUUACCAUACCAGAGAAGGCCAGGACCUACAGCUAAAGAUAGGUCUGUCUGCAGGUCGGAUUUCGCAGGUUAUUAUUGGAGAUGAGCAGAGCCAAUACCUCUUGGUGAUUGGGAGGGAUGUAGACGAUGUCCAGCUAGCUCAGCGUUUUGCUCAAGCAAAUGAGAUUGUCCUGUCCUGGAACUGCUGGAAGCUCUGUGAGCAGUCCAUGUUUGAAGUGGAAAUCAUAAGGGAGGAUGAAGCUGUAAAGCUAAGAGAUAUGCGGAUCAUUGACCCGUUUGAUUUUGAUGAGCAUUUUGACAAGUGCCUUGAUUAUCUGCCAUAUUACCGUGCAAGUGCUGAGACUCUAAGAACUGCAUUGGAAUUGGAUCCAGACUCUGCACUUAAGCAAACACUGCGGAAGUAUAUAAUGAAAAACCUUUUAAAGAAGAUUGAUGAAGGCCAACCUGUGGAGUAUGUAUCCGAAUUCCGUACAGUUACUAUGGUUUUGGUCAGCCUAGAGUUCCACAAGAUAGCACGGAUAUUGCAUUUGUGUCAUCUUAUCCAGGAGGCUGCCUUAUACAUCUCUACAGUCAUUGAGAAAGGGGGUGGCCAGCUGAGCCAGAUCUCUAUGUUUGAGAAAGGCUGCAUGUUCCUCUGUGUUUUUGGCCUUCCUGGGGAUAAUAUGAAGCCAGAUGAGUGUGCACACGUGCUGGAGAGCUCCUUCAGCAUCUUCCGCUUCUGCAGGGAGAAUCUUGCUGAGACCAAGCUUGUUUCCAUCAGUAUCACCAAUGGACCAGUAUUCUGUGGUGUGGUUGGAGCAGUAGCAAGACACGAAUAUACAGUUAUUGGCCCAAAAGUGAGUCUCGCGGCCAGAAUGAUAACUGCUUAUCCAGGUUUGGUGUCCUGUGAUGAGGUAACAUAUCUAAGAUCCAUGCUACCUGCAUACAACUUCAAGAAACUCCCGGAGAAAAUGAUGAAAAACAUCUCCAACCCAGGGAAGAUUUAUGAAUAUUUUGGCCAUAGAAGAUGUAUAAUGUUUGGGAAGAGACAUUUGGCCAGAGAGAGAAACAAAAAUCACCCUUUGUUAGACCGGGAGAAAGAAUUGGAAGCAUUCCGAAUGGCACAGCAAGGGUGUUUGUACCAGAAGAAGGGACAAGCAGUUUUGUAUGGAGGUGAAAAGGGCUAUGGAAAAAGCCAGCUAUUGGCUGAAAUAAACUUCUUGGCCCAGAAAGAGGGGCAUAGGGUGUUGCCAUUGAAACUGAAAGAAGCAGAUUCCAAGCGGUGCUUCUAUGCCAUCCAGACCCUCAUGGCUAUCUUCUUUGAGAUUGAUACAUGCCCAGCCUAUUACCGGCAAGAGUGCCUACAAAGACAGCUUCGGCAGAUGAUGAAGGAACCACUUCACUGCCUUUUCAAUGACCUCUUCUUUGUGAAGUUUCCCUUGUCCUUAGAAGUUUCACGCAUGGAUGACCUGGUCAGACAAAAGAAGGUUAAAGCGUUUUUUAUUCAAGUGCUUCAGGAGGCAGUGAGGGAAACACCACUGAUUUUCCUCAUUGAUGAGGCCCAGUAUAUGGAUGCAGCUUCCUGGGAGUUUUUAGGAACGUUGCUCUCCAGUGUGCCCAUCAUCAUGGUGAUGACGUUGACCUCUACCUUCACACUGUGUGGCUGGGCCCAGCACUUCCUGCAGAGCCCGCAGGCUGUUUUUGUGUCCAUUUCGAAGUUGGCAACAACCUCAUUGUUGAGAAUGGCAUGUUGGGAACUAGGGGUGGUGAGCAUCCCCCCAGAGCUGCAGACCUACCUUCUCCACAGGUGCUUUGGAAACCCUCUCUAUUGUAAGGUCCUGUGCCAGGACCUUCUGUCUCAGGACAUAUUGCUCUUUCAUGACCUAAAAGAGGAGGAGAAGGAGAACAGCGAGUGGGAGACCCUCUCAGCAAAUGUCAUGAAAUCCACAAUCUAUGGUACUUCUCCUGCCUGCUCUGAAGAAGACCAGGAACUUUAUGUCUGCACAGUCAAGGAUGAUGUGAACUUGGAUACAUUGCUUCUCCCACCGUCUUUAAAAGAAAUAGCAGUAAACCAACUGGAUCAACUGGGCCCAGAGAAACAGUUGCUGAUCAAGUGUGCUGCAGUCAUUGGUCAUUCCUUCCAUAUAGAUUUGCUGCAGCACCUUCUGCCUGGCUGGGAAAAAAAUAAACUAUUCCAGGUGUUGAGGUCUCUUAUGGAUAUACAUGUGCUCCACUGGUUCAACAAGAGCCAAAGACCUCCUGCUGAGCCCAUAUUAGCACCCUCCUCUGUAGACAUCAUCAAUCAAACCAAAGAGAAGAAAAAAGAUGCUGGCUCAGCCUCUCUGCUCAGGCUACAAGAGGAACUAUCUGUACCUCAAACCAAGGUGUUGGAAUUUGGAGUGCCUCUAUUAAGGGAAGCCGCUUGGGAGCUGUGGCCCAAAGAACAGCAGAUAGCUCUGCACCUGGAGUGUGCCUGCUUUCUCCAAGAUUUGGCCUGCCGCUGUGGGAGCUGUCAUGGAGGGGAUUUUGUUCCCUUCCAUCGCUUCGCAAUUUGUUCUACUAAGAGUUCCAAUGGGACCUCCCGAUUCUGCACUUACAAAGACACUGGCUCGGUGCUAACACAAGUGAUCACAGACAAAUUGCAGCUGCCUUCUCCCCAAGGUAGCUUUCAGUUCCAGGCAAAACCAUCCAGCACUCAGGAGGCCUUCUCGAGUGAACACUGCAGAACAGAGGAAGAGUUUCUGGAUCAAGUGAAUAGGAAGCUGGCUGAGACUAGCCCGGAGAAGGGCCUAUUCACCAGGAAGCCCUGCCACUGUGAGGAAAUCCUGAAAUUCGUGCUCUCACCCCUCGCCCAGCACUGCUUGGUCAUUGGAAAAACCACCUGUGCAUUUUAUUACCUGCUGGAGGCUGCUGCCGCCUCCUUGGACUUGUCAGAUAAUUACAUGGCCUUCUUUUAUUUGAGGACGGCAAGCAGUCUUCUGGGCCAACCCUCGGCAUUCUCAUUCUUGAGAAAACACAAGGUGAAGAUCUGUCAGUUUGAGGAGGCCACUUUCUGCUGUCUUUGGUCAGAGGUCUGUUUCAACAUGGGACAGAUCACCUUAGCCAAAAAAUUGGCUAGGCAAGCCCUUCAACUGCUGAAAAGGAAUUUCCCUUGGACCUGGUUUGGUAUCCUUUUCCAAACAUUCCUGGAAAAGUAUUGGCAUUCCCGUUUCCUGAGCCAACCUCCAAACAACCCUAGUGAGAAUAAGAAGAACCUGGCAGUCCUGCAGCAGCGGGUGCAUUGCUUCUCCCUACUCUGGCAGCUCUAUAACCUGGAGGCCACAGCCAGUAGCCGCAGGUUUGCCUGCCUGGCCACUCUUAUGCAGAAGAACUCAGCCGAGGAGUUUGCAAAUGAAGCCCAGCAGGUUGUCUCUACCUACUUGGACCUCUCCCAGUUCUCCCAGAACAUGGGCGACAGGGAGAAGUGGCUGCACUGUGAGCAGAUGGCCAUUCAGAAGAGCAGCCUGUGCUGCUUCUCCAGGGAGGGAUUGCUGGCCACAGCCCAGCUCAUGCAGGCCCUGGCCUACAGCAAGCUCUGCCUUGGCCAUCUGGACUUCUCCAUCGAGCUGGGUAAUAGGGCUGAGGGCAGUGGGCCCCGGCUCUUAGAGAGCCCAGGUUCGCAGCUAGGCUUCACACAAUGCUUUUUAACCUCCUUAGGUUUUCAAGCACAUGAGUUAUGCAGACACCUUAAGAAACCAGCUCUAGAGAAUCUGGUUCUUUCAGUUCUCUUCAGAUCUGCAUUUCUGAAGAAGAAAUUUGAUCUGUGUGUCCAUGUGUUGAAGAGUCAGUGGGCGCUCAUUUCCCAUGGUCGUGAUGUCCUUGGCCUGGCCUGCUUUUACUCCGCUUGCUUAGAUCUGCUGCUCUGUGGAAAAGGAUUGUUGUGUUGGCCCUUUGGCGAGUGUCUGCAGUUCACUCAACACCAUGAGCACAGCUGUGUUCUAACCUCUCAGAGCAAUGUCAUGCUGGGGGUCCACUCCUCCCUGGCCAUAUGGUUUGCCCAGGACUCACAGUGGGACCUGUUUGAGCACCAUUUCUCCAAGGCUUGCCAGUUGGUGAAAAAAACCAAUGCCUCACUAUUUGGUUCACAUGGCUUUGUCCGAUUUCUAGAGUGCCACGUACUAAUGUUACAGAAAAUGCCAGAGGGUAUCUUCAUGCAUAUUCCCCCAGUGACUCGCAGCCAAACCCUCCAGUACUUUGAGGAGUUCUUCUCUCGAUGUGUGACCUGCCCUGUCUAUCAUCAGUGGGUCUCUGAGCUUAAGGCCUCUGUAAUGAGAUGUGGAAAGAGAGAAUCCACGUCCUUGAAUAACACCAUCAGACCUUUUGACACCAGCUUGACCGGGAUUUGGAUAGAGGAGGAAUUUCUGAAGAAAAACAACUCUUGUGAAAGAAAUUUAGGAGUAGAGAGAUUUAACAAAGUAGCUGAUAUCAAGGAGAAUAAGGAUCCAGAAGAAACUCAAGAAUAUAUAUGUUAAAAUAAUAAUAAUCUGAAGGGACCAUGAUUCUCUUACAGGGAAAGCCAAUGCCCCAAAUUCUCCUUUUUAAGAUACUGUAUAGUGUACAUACUAAAUAUACUAGCCUGUCACUGCUAUCAAUAUCUUUGUCAAAAUAAAAGCCUAUGUUUCUGAAGCAUGC